GCUUUCUUGUGGAGCUUAGCCCUCAGGAAUUUUUCAAAUUUGGUGCUGAUUUUCUGACUGAAAGUACAUUUUAGAAACUUUAUUCUUAAGAGUUAAGUGAAUAUCAAUAGAAUAUCGUCAAGUUUCGUAGAAAGCUUCUCAAAAUAAAGUGAAAAACGUGAUUUAAAAUUGUCAAAAAACUUAGUUGGAAGCUGCUGCCAUGAUUUGAGUGAUCGUUAUUCAAGUGUCUGACUCCUCGUCGAAGAAGUUGGUAGUUGUGAGCAAAACAAAAAAAGUGUUGCAUACCUGUUGAGCCAACAGUAACCGGCAUAAAAAAGAUCGCCAAAAAAUUCUACCAUUAACAAUUAUUAGAGACACGUGUUCAUGAAAUACGAAAUAAGCUACCAUAGCGAUUCGGAGAAGAUGGGAAGCCGUGCGCAGUCUGUGAUCUGUGACAAGGUGCUAGCCGGAUUACCCCAGUUGCUGGAUGAUUUGCAGCGUCUGUCUGAGGAACAGGAAACGGCCGAUGUGGUUUUCAUUCUAGGAACGGCCGAAGAACGCAUCUAUGCCCACCGAAUCAUACUGAUGGCGAGAUGCAAAUCUUUCCAAACCCAGAAGCGAGGCGAAAUCUGUCGAGUUCCGGGUUGUUCGGUGCUUCCCUCCGCACCCGGAACUCCAUCACUCAUCCGUUUGCCCCACAUCGAAGCGGACAUCUUCCGGCAGUUUAUACUCUACGUCUACACGGCAAAGAUAAUGCUUCAAGAUUCUAAAGUGUUCGAAAUGAUGAUUCUGGCCCAGGAUUUGGGUGUCGAUGAACUAAAAAUUGCAUGCGAAGAACACAUCAAAACCACGAUGUCCGUUGCAAAUGCCUGCACGUUUCUGGCGGCUGUAAUGGAGAUUCAGGAGAAAGCUUCAGGGGCCAAACUGGCACCACCUUUUCUGGAAAAAUGCAUCACGUAUAUUGCUGAGAACGCAUCAGAAUGCGUCAAGACGAACGCAUUCUUAAAUCUCACUAAGGAGGGGCUGAUCCAGGUCAUCUCGUACGAUAACCUCGGUCUCGAAGAGGAAGACGUCUGGCGUUGUGUACUUGCAUGGGCCAAAAACCAGGCCGGUGUUACGCAACCAACUGCCCACUGGACCGAGGAAGAGCGGCAACGAGUCUGUCAACAGUUGGCACCGGUUAUAUCCCAUGUGCGGCUUUUCCUAAUCGAUAGUCAAGUUUUUGCGGAAGAAGUCGAACCAACGGGGGCGGUUCCUAUUGAACUAUCUCUGGAACGGUAUCGGAGGGCAGCUUUACACUCCAACAAAUUACCGGCUGCGGCAGCUCCAGUUUCGGCAGGACCGCUAGCCGAAAACGACAAAAGGUUGCAGCCCCGAUUGAUGCUGAAUUUGUACCAUGGAUCAACGAUAUUGAAGAAUGACAAAAUUCAUAUGCAAGGAACGCUUAAUGGCUGGUACGGAGCGUCGAAGCAAACUUGGCGGCUAGUUUACCGAGCUUCAACCAACGGAUUUUCUGCUGCUUCUUUCCAUCGACAUUGUGACGGAAUUGCUCCUCUGUUCAUCGUUGCUGUGAGUAAUCAAGGUGCUAUAAGCGGCGGCUACACUGACGUGGCUUUCGCCAAAACUAAUCGGAAAGGAGGUUACAUUCACUCCGAGAAAGCAUUCCUGUUUGCUCUAAACUACUCAAAUGGUCCUCCGAUGAAAUUCGAUAUUGUUAAGAAACCUUACGCCAUUUGCUACCAUCCAGAAUGUGGUCCUAUCUUCGGUGCCGGUGCUGAUUUGCUUAUUUCGAAUAACUGCAACGUCAACGUGGAAUCGUACUCAAACUUUCCGCACUCGUACGAUGGGCCAAAUGCUGCCUUCGGGACCCUUUUCGGGGAUUACAACUUCUCCAUCGCCGACUACGAGGUGUUUACGUUGGCUCCUUCUAACAAUGGCCCCACAGGAAUGAAGAUGAAACAUGAGCGGUACCCGUGAAGGUUGAUUUGAGAUUUUUUUUUCUUUAGUAAGUGUAAAGUUCUCUAUGCGUGUUAAAAACUUUCAUUAGUUUAAAACCUAUGCAAAAGAGUUGAAUAGCGUUAGCUUUAAGGAUGUACCGUGAAAUGUUUGAGCAUUAC